UCUUUAAAAUUGUUCAGGUCACUGCUGUCUUCCCGGCAAUGGCCUCUGACUCGGCCUACUUACGCAGUAUAGGUUACCUUCUGGGUGGACGAAUUAACAGCGGGUCGUUUUCCAAGAUCCACCAUGCAAUACAAGUCUCAAAUGGCGAUGUUGUAGCUGUGAAAGUGAUCGACUUGAAAAAUAUCAAUAUUUUCUUCCGGACAAGGUUUCUGCCACGGGAACUUCUAAACAUAAGAAGCCUAGAUCACCCGAAUAUAAUACAAGUUCGAAAGAUCGCCGAAACAGACAGCAAAGUGUAUAUUAUUAUGGACUACGCCAACAGUAACUUACGUGACCAAAUUAUGAAGCAUUGCUAUAUUCCCGAGGGUCAAGCUCGCAGUUGGUUUUGCCAGCUAGCGUCAGCAUUGGAAUAUAUGCACCGUCGUGGGGUGGCGCACCGAGAUAUCAAAUUAGAGAACAUAUUAGUCGACGACAAGAGAACGAUCAAACUCUGCGACUUUGGGUUUUCAAAAAUGACCGACCGUAGGAGUGGCAUUAUACCUGAAAGUAGCACAACAUACUGCGGAUCACUUGGUUACUGCGCACCCGAAAUACUACGCCGGACACCUUACGACCCGUGGAAAUCGGAUAUUUGGUCGCUAGGUGUCGUGCUUUAUAGGAUGGUGGUUGGUGGAAUGCCGUUUGGGGAAGGGAACGAUUUGGGAAGUGUGAAAAGAAUCUCGAUCGCCCAAUCCAGGUCGCUAGAAUUCCCAACUUUCCCUAGGACAUCCAUUGAAUGCCAAGAGUUAAUUAAGAGGUUGCUAACAGUUGAAUCCGAGAGACGGAUCACUCUGCUCGAUAUUUUUAAGUCUCGCUGGGUGAACCACCCCGUACUCGACAUUGGACAUUUACACCAACAGCAAAAACACAUACAAAGACUUCCACAGCAACCAACCCAUGAUGAUCCUGCAUUGAAUAAUAAAGUGAUUCGGUCGGAAAUCAACGCCACGCAGGGCGAGCGGUCUAUGAUAUCUCGCAUUAGAAUGAGACUCCCUGUUUUGAAUCCACGAAGAAAUAAACGAAAGCACGCAUAGCUGG